UAUAAAUCCGUAAAAUAAAAUUUUAUAUGCAUCUGUUUGCAUUUAAUUCUCAUGAUAUUUAUACAGGUUUGUUAACAAAGAUACUAUUAUAUAUUAAAUUACGUUGUUAUAUUUUGCAAAUAAUUUGCUCGCAUAAAGAGAUGGGAAAAAUUUCACAAAUAAUACAGUGAAACUUGAAAGCUAUUAGUUGUAAAAUGGGAAAUUUCAGCUAUAAACUGCCGUAAUCCCGUGAUCCCUACUCCGAUCAGAGAUAUCGGAUAAGUGGGGGUUUCUAAGGUGCGAGAUAUUCUUCCAGCCUCACAGGAUGACCUUCCCGUGGGGAUCUGGUGGGGAUGCUGGGAGGUCCUUCUCUGGACCACAGACACGUGCCACUUGUCAUACUUUCGGAAGUACUUGCUUUCGGACGGUUCGAGAUUAGUACGAGAUCAGAUGUAAUCGAUCGAAACGAUAAACGCGUAUUAAACUAUCUAUGAUUGACUCGCAGAUAUUCUUUGCCGUAUAUUUGUUAAUUAAAAAAUUGUUUAAUUUUAUUGUAUGGUGAUAAAAAAUAAUGUUUAUAACCGAAGCCAAAUAAUUUAUGCCAACAACUGUGAAAUUAAAAGAAAAGAGAACGACGUGGAAAGAUCAUCGAAUUAUUUCAAUCGGUAUUAAAUGUAAAGUGCGCGAAUUUAAAUUAUUGCUGACAUAUGUCGUCGAUCGAGUGAGAUUAGGAUCAUCGACUGUAACCGAGAUCGAUGAUUUUUUACAAGAUGGAACUCUAUCAAAACCGCGAGAAAAUGAACGAUGCCGUUUAUGAUCUUCGCCGAACACGAUCGCUUCCGAGUGAAAACGAGGAGGCUUUUUCAAAUAACAUUGAGAGAGGCUGUAUAUCGCCGACUGUCAAUCGAGAGUCUAUUGAGUAUGCAUCCGAUUCCAGCUGCGAAGGUUACAGGGAAUUUCAGAAACAGACCGAGAGAAGAAAUUCAUCCCCGAUCGCCGCAUCGAGUGCUUUCACUAUCGACAGUAUCCUUGGAAGGAAUGAGAAAAGAGAAACUUCGAGAAUGAACAAUUCUGGCGACAAAGAGGAAGAUCAGGAUGAAACGGAGGACAGGAUAGAGGGGCACUUUGUCAAACCGACAGCGGUACCAGCUACACGUUCUGAUAUAGAAGGAAACUUGUAUCACGCGGGACUACCGUAUUCCGAAGGUGCAUUAUCUGAUCCUUCUGCAUAUUCUGCAACAUCACUCGCAUCAGCCUCAUUAUUGUACAGUAGCUGGUUUGCUCAAACAAAGCCUGGACAGUUAUUUGGUUUGCAAGCACCUAAACCGAGUGGCAGGAGGUCGAGAAAACCGGGUAUCGAUCGGAAACCACGUCAAGCUUACAGUGCGAAACAACUGGAAAGACUUGAAGCGGAAUUUAAGAUCGACAAGUAUCUCAGCGUGAGCAAGCGAAUGGAGCUGUCCAAGUGUCUGAAUCUCACCGAGGUACAGAUCAAGACGUGGUUCCAAAAUCGUCGCACCAAGUGGAAGAAGCAGCUCACGUCCAGACUAAAGAUCGCGCAAAGGCAGGGACUCUUUCCACCGACGUAUUUCCCGACCACCCAGUACCCUCUUCUACCGUACUACGCGGCGCCUUUGAUGUUCGGGGCCCCUUUGUCGGAUGACGCGAAUUCUAGCUUGCCGACCCGACCCGUCGUAUCGUCCUCAGAUAUCGUCUGACGCAGUGUAGACUCGAACUACUUGGUCGAUCGUCGGCCGGGCGACCGCGAGGUGCAAUAAGACCUUCUGAUGGCCACUGCGACGUCCUCGGUGUUGCUUCUGCUUUUCUCUUUUUUUUUUACCUCACCU